UCAUAGACAAAAAUACAAACACAUUGAGAAUGAUCUCGCUACGACAAGCCCUGCCGCGGACUGCCUUCCGCCGCGCCUACGGCACAGUGCAGUCGACCUCGCCCAGUGCGGCGGCGCUGGCGAGUCGAGUGCCGGCGGUGCUGCGAGAGGCGACGGAUGCCACGACGCCGCGCACCAACUGGACCAAGGAGGAGAUCCAGCAGAUCUACGACACCCCGUUGAACCAGCUGACCUAUGCUGCGUCCCUCGUCCACCGCAAAUUCCACGACCCCUCGGCCAUCCAAAUGUGCACGCUCAUGAACAUCAAAACCGGCGGGUGCAGCGAAGACUGCAGCUACUGCGCGCAGUCGACGCGGCACAACACGGGGCUGAAAGCGACGAAGAUGUCGGCGGUGGACGAGGUGCUGGCGGCGGCGCGGACGGCCAAAGCCAACGGGUCGACGCGGUUCUGCAUGGGGGCGGCGUGGCGCGACAUGCGGGGCCGCAAGACCUCGCUGAAGAACAUCAAGUCGAUGGUCAGCGGCGUGCGCGAGAUGGGGAUGGAGGUGUGCGUGACGCUGGGGAUGAUCGACGAGGCGCAGGCCAAGGAGCUCAAGGACGCGGGCCUGACCGCCUACAACCACAACCUCGACACCUCGCGCGAGUUCUACCCGUCCAUCAUCACGACCCGCUCGUACGACGAGCGGCUGCGCACGCUGGCCAACGUGCGCGACGCCGGCAUCAACGUCUGCAGCGGCGGCAUCCUGGGGCUGGGCGAGAAGGACGAGGACCGCGUCGGCCUGAUCUUCACCGUGGCCAAUCUGCCCAAGCACCCCGAGAGCUUCCCGGUCAAUGCCCUCGUGCCCAUCCCGGGCACCCCCCUGGGCGAUCGCAAGAUGAUCCCCUUCGAUCGCCUGCUGCGCACCGUCGCCACCGCCAGAGUCGUGCUGCCCGCCACCAUCGUGCGGCUGGCCGCCGGCCGCAUCUCGUUGUCCGAGGAGCAGCAGGUCGCCUGUUUCCAGGCCGGCGCCAAUGCUGUGUUUACGGGCGAGAAGAUGUUGACUACCGAUUGCAAUGGGUGGGAUGAGGAUCGCGAGAUGAUGGAUCGCUGGGGGUAUUAUCCUAUGAAGAGCUUUGAGAGGGAGGGGUUGGAGGCUGAGGUGGCCGGCAAGAAGGAGGAGGCCCAGCAGGCGGCUGUCUUGGAGGAGAAGGUGAGGGAGGUGUCUGCGCAGGUCGCGACCAGUUUGUGAUUUGGGUUUGUUAGUGUUUGAAUUUUGAGAAAUGGCAUUUAUGACGUAUCCUCUGCAUUGUGGUGGUUGGGUUGGUCUGGAUUGGAUGAUGUGUUCGGAUACUUGGCUUGGUUCAUCUGCUGUAAGCAGGUUGAUCUUGUAGUGUUAGAGACAGCAUUGGUGCUAGACACAGCGUGAAUCCAUCAUGUACC